AUGGUGAAGUUAGGUAAAAAGUCCAAGCGGACACCCGUCCGACUGCGACACAAGAUUGAAAAGGCCGGCGCAGCAAAGCAAAGGAAAGCAAGAAAACAAGCGAAGAAGGAUCCGACAUGGCGCUCAAAGAUCAAGAAAGAUCCCGGCAUUCCCAACCUGUUCCCUUUCAAAGACAAGAUCCUAGCGGAAAUUGAAGAAAAGAAGCGACAAAAGCAAGAAGAACAACUACGUAUCCGUGAAGAAGCUCGCGAGCGUCGCAAAGCCGAAAAGAAAGCUGCCGGAAUCGAGACUGCGGAUGACGAGGACGACGAGAUCAAUGAUGAUAUUGACAUCGAGGAUGAUGAUGAGGAUGAGGAUAUUGAUGGAAUGGACGAAGAUGGAGAUGACUCGAACCCCAUGGCUGCCUUACUUGCCUCUGCGCGCGCAAGAGCUGCUGAAUAUGAAGAAAAUGAGGAUGAGAUGAGUGAAGACUACGACGACGAUGACGAAGAUCGUAUGGAUCAAGACGGCGAAGAGGGAGGAAUUUCCCUAUCACAGGGCGAUAUCCCCACUAUCGCAUCACAGGUUGCAUCAAAAGAAAGCUCGCGACGAGCAUUCGACAAGGUCUUCAAACAGGUCGCGCAAGCAGCAGACGUGAUUCUAUACGUGCUCGAUGCGCGAGACCCAGAGGGCACCCGAUCGAAGGACGUCGAACGCGAGAUUAUGGCAGCUGAGGGAGGCUCAAAGCGCCUGAUCCUCAUUCUGAACAAGAUCGACCUCGUCCCCCCCGCAGUGCUCAAAGGCUGGUUGAUCCAUCUCCGACGAUAUUUCCCGACUCUCCCUCUCAAGGCCUCCAAUGGUGCACCCAACGCACACAGCUUCGAUCACAAACAGUUGACGGUAAAAGGUACAUCCGAGACUCUAUUCAAAGCGCUCAAGUCAUAUUCGCAAACAUCUCAAUUGAAACGAGCCAUCUCCGUCGGUGUCAUCGGAUACCCCAACGUCGGAAAAUCGUCCGUUAUCAACGCGCUCACAGCCCGUCUCAACCGAGGACGCAGCAAUGCCUGCCCUACGGGCGCCGAAGCGGGCGUGACUACCAGUCUUCGAGAGGUCAAGUUGGAUAGCAAGUUGAAACUCAUCGAUUCCCCCGGUAUCGUCUUCCCGAAUAGCCACAAAGCAUCUUCGAAGAAGAAGAGAGAGAACGACGAAGCUCGUUUGGUCUUAUUGAAUGCCGUUCCUCCUAAACAAAUCACCGAUCCCAUUCCCGCCGUCAACCUCCUUCUCAAACGCCUUUCGGCUACCAACGAGACCUUGUUCCAGAAAAUGCUCGGUCUCUAUGGUAUCAAUUCAUUGUUCCCGAUGAACGGCGGAGAUACGACGACCGAUUUCUUGAUCCAGGUGGCUCGCAACCGCGGCCGACUUGGUAAAGGUGGUGUGCCCAACAUAGCAAGUGCAGCGAUGGCUGUUAUUACUGAUUGGCGCGAUGGAAGAAUCCAAGGUUGGCUUGAACCGCCCGUGUUGGCCGUUGCAGGUGUCAACACUCCAGCCUCUUCUGAUGCUGCAACUGCAGGAGACAAUGGCCCUGCCGCAGACGUGAAAGAAAUUGUCACAGAAUGGGCCAAGGAGUUCAACAUCGAAGGACUCUGGGGCAAUGGUGAGAGCGACGAGUAA